AUGUUCAAUUUUGGGAAACCAGCAAGUAGCAGUGUAGGUGGUGCAGGGACAGGUGUGGGCACGGGCAGUGCGCCGUCGUCUGGGUUUUCCUUUGGGAACACUGCAACAAAGCCUGCUGCCACUGGUGGUCUGUUCGGUGGUGCUGGUGCCGGUACUACAGGGGGGUUGUUUGGGAGUAAACCAGCGGCCGGCGGACCAACGUCGUCUCUUUUCGGUAACACGCAGUCGAACCCGCAGACAAACAACAAUACGCAGAGUUUGUACAGUGGGUUACAGCAACUCAAUGUACCGCAACAACAACAAUCCUCCUUCUCACAAAUAUCUCAGUUGCCCGUUACUCCAAUGACAAGGAUAAUUGACUUACCACCGCAGUUGCGGCAAGAGGUGGAGCAACUGGAUCAGUACAUACAGAAACAGGUGCAGAUAUCGCAACAUCUGCGUGCAGACACACAGGAACACCUGGAGUUGAUAGCAUCCAUCCCAAGGGACAUCUCGUACCUGAUGAAAAACCAGUCCAUGACGAACCAGUCCCUCUCGAACGACCUGAAGAAAAUAUCAGCGAUUAAACAACUUACGGACGAGAAUACCGCAAGCUCGCAGAAUUUCUCGCUCAUCUUGCAACAACUGCUCACUCCGGGGAGCAAGAUAUCAGCGAUGGAACUGGACAAAUUUUUUCAGGCUAAGAUCCAGAUGUUCAAGAGCAAACUUGACGAUUUCGCAACGGUGCUUGCAGACAUAGAAAGCGCAAUGAACGGCAUAAACAGCGAUGUGUUCGGUAGUGGGACGACAUCAAGCACUGCGGGUAAGAUAACCACUACAAACACUGCUGGGGCAAUUACAGGGCCCGCGACAACUGUGACCCCCACGGGGAAGAGGGACCAGGACCGCACGAACGACGUGUUUGUACUGAAGACUGGACUCAACGCAAUUGUAUCCACCGUCAUUGAAGAGUUCAGCUUGUUCAUGGAUACCGCUCAAAGAAUCGCAGAACUGCAUCAAAAGAUAAAACAACUGAGUGUCUGA